AUCGAGGUCGAUCUUUCCGACCUAAAGGCUCCUGAGGACGAGGGCAUGACUGAGUACGCAGCAACAGAGGGAGGUGACGGAGAGCAGAAGUCAGUCCUGGGCUUUUUCAUCAAGGUGAGACUCUCCCAUGAUUCAACAGUUUUUAAAUCAUUAUUUCAGAUAUGGCUUUUCUCACAGUAUUUUCCCCCAUGUAGCAAAAGUAAAUGAAGUAUUAAAAUUGUAAUUAAUUUCAAUUGGUAUGCUGCCCCUGCUUUAGCACUGCAACCCCUAUGAGGGGCCCAACCCCCCACUUAGGUAACCACUGUUCUGAAUACAACCCAAAUGGAAGUUGAAGUAGUGCUGAUAAUCCAUUCUUCUGUUUACCGUGAUGAAGGAUGAGCAAAAGGCCGAAGACGAGCUGGUGAAGAAGAGAGCAGCGUUCCUGCAGAAGCAGCAGAAGAAAGCCGAAGAGGCUCGGCUCCGUAAACAACAACUAAAAGCAGAAUCUGAGCUGAAACGAGAUGAAGCACGACGGAAGGCUGAGGAGGAGCGGCAGCGGAAAGAGGACGAAAAGACACGGAGGGAGCUGAUAAAGCAGGAGUACCUGCGGAGGAAGCAGCAGGAGAUGUUGGAGGAGCACGGCCUGGUAAAGCCCAAGACUCCCAAACCCAAGCAGAAACACAGACCAAAGACUGUGUUGAGAGAGGAAUCCUCCAGUGACAACUUUUCCAAAGGCUCUUCCACACGUGAGAUUGUUCACUGUUUGUUUUUAUUUUUCAUGUUACUUUUAAAAUGUGAGAGAAAACCUACAGUUAUACCACUGAACACAUUUGUUUUUAGUUGUUCUUUGUAUUUGUUUUUAGCUUAGCAUUACCUUUACACCGUGGAAUAUCACAGUUGUGCCAUAAGGUGUCAAAUACACACUGAAUCACACUCAAAACUCUGUCGUGUUCCUCUUAGCUGAUAACCUGAGCACAGCCCAAUCUGGCUCCAGUCUCUCUCUGGCCUCUGCAACAAAUGAGGCCGACAGCGUCAACUCUGGAGGAGCUGGCUCCCAAUGGUAACAUCACUUUCUCAACUGUGUUGCC